AUUUGAACAAUGGAGAAAAUAAUAAGUGGUCCUUUGGAUAUGUACCUUGAGGACCCCAGACUUUUGGAGAAUUGAUACCCAGAAUUAGAAAGAAGGCUUGGAGAAGAAGGAUUUCUUCAAUCUCUAGCGAAUGCCUUAGUAGCAGGAGCAUCCAAUUCAAUGAGAGGGAAGAACAUUUACUUCCAUGGAGUUGUUCUCAAAUAACCUCAUCAUCAACCACUGGAAACAAGACUCUGAAGAUGCGACCGAGUGCAAAAUCAGCCAAGCCGAGAAGCAAGCAGUCAAAGAUAUUCUGAUUCAAAAUAUGAACCAAAAAUCGUACCGGAUAUAAAUAAUUUGGUUGCAGUCAUCAUCUCCCAGAUCGUCACUUAUGAUUUCCCGAAUGUCUGGGACGGAUUCCUUGACAAAGUUUGUGAUGGCCUGGCUGAAGAUGACAUUUCGCAAAUUGAUUGCUCCCUGAGGAUUCUCAUCCGUUCGAUAAAGCACGAAGAGAAAUACCAUAUUCUUGUCAGCAAAGUCUUGGACAAGUGAUUCUCAGCCUUCACAAACUCUGAGUCCGAUAACAAGAUUAGGGAGAAGUGUCUUCAGGUGUAUUACCAGUGUCUCCGCUGAGUUUCGUGGGCAGACGGAAUCGACGACAAAGUCAUUUCUGAGGCCCUCGACGACAGCUUCAACCAGUGGAUGGCACUGAUGUUGCAGCUAAUUCAAUCCAAUCCUAAAGUGCACUUUGACAUCAAACGGAACGCUCUGAAAUGCCUCACGGUGAUAUUCAGAGAUAUGGUUAAUUAUUCCAAAGACUCCAUCAACAUGGUGCUGCAGCCAGCCUGGAAACUGCUCAACGUCAACUUGUCUGUGUAUACAGAGUCAGUUGGCUACGGAAAACCUAUCGAGUACACUGAAGCAGACCUUGAGAACCUGGACCCAGACGACCUCAGAGAAAGCACUGACUACGGCAUCGAGUCAGAACCAGAAGACGAAGAAACUGGCAUCACAGGCAUGACGAUGCAGUUGAUUGAGCUCCUGACAUCUCUCGCAAACAAAGGGUCGAUGAGAACACUGAUUUCGUCAGGCAUUGUUCCUCUAGUCACAUCGGUUGCAAGCUACAUGAUCUUGUCGAAAGAUCAGGAGACUGCCCAGGUUACUGACCCAUCUCAGUUCGUCAACACAAAUAAUGAAAGCAUUUAUGAGCACUCUGUCAGGAACUAUUGUCUGGACUUUCUUUCUCAGAUGAUCGAGAAUUUCGAUGAUGAAGCAGUAGAAGCUUGAUUGUGCAUUUGUGAGAGGUUUCUGCUGUUGAUGCAGAAACAGAAGUUGCCUAGCGUCGAAACCAACUUUGAUGAUGUAGACGUUCUCAGCUACACAUAUGACAGCCAUGAUCAAACUCACGGUCUCAAGAAGCGUGAAGUCGCCAUGUACAUUCUGGGCUCACUCUGAGACGACAUUUUGAAAUACAAAGAUCGCAAAGAAGAUGAAGAUUUCUCGUUAAUGAACAUUUUCGGGUCAAUUGCGCUGCCUGACCUCAAGAAUUCUGACACUCCGACUAUCCUCAGAGGCAGAGCUAUGUGGUGAGCAACUCAGUUAUCGUCACUGAUGAAGGACAAAGACCCUCAGUGCAUCGACAUCGUCAAGACCAGCGUGUCAAUGCUCGGAGCUGAGAACGAGCUCAGUCUGCGAAUCUGUGCAUGAAGGGCUCUGGUCCACUUCUUCAGCAAAGUUGAUGUAGACCAGAUCGAGGAUUUCUCGAACUAUGUAAGCAAUAUUUUAGAAAAUGUUGACGGACUGUUGUUGAUGUGUGAUCAAGAAACCAUCCACAUUCCAGUUUCAGCAAUGAAACAUUUAUCGAAGAAAGAUGAAGAAGCUGUGUCAAAGAUUGCUCACGAGUCUGCCCCAAGACUGCUUGAACUUUUUGAGUAUUACCAUGAUGAUAGAGUGAUAGGGCCUGAUCUGCUGGACAUCUUCAAAAUGUGGUCGAACUACGACUCAUGCAAGACUAUAUUCUCAAAGAAGUACACUCCGUUUGCUCUGAAGAUUGUCAAGAACUACUUCUACAUGACCAACACCAAAGCUCACACUGGAAUGGGCAACACCGACCACGCCAAGAAGCAGAAAGACGCAUUCAGAGCACUUGAGAAUGCUGACAAGAUUCUGGACUCUUCGAUUCUGCAGCACUCUCUGGACACCUUGUGAAGGCUGCUCAAGAAGACUGACCCAGACUCCGAAGAACACUCAAGCGUCAUUGAUAUUUUCCCGAUAUUGUUGCAAAUAUCGCUAGAAAGUGACGACUUGUACUUGUUGCUGCACACCACGUCGACUCUGAGAACAUUCAUUGCAGUGUCACACAACAAAAUUCUUGAGAGAGACGUCACUGACAAGAUCCUGGCAGUGGCCAGGAAGAUGUUGCUACCUGAGACCAACGAAGCGACUGCAGUCUUCCUGGGCAACUUCAUCAUCCAAAUAUUUUCCAAAAUUUCUCCGAAAGUGGACACCGACAUCCUGAUGGGGGUCGUCGAGAAAAUCAGAAAGUGACGCAUCCCCACGAUUGUACAGAGUUUAGUGCUAGUGUUCGCAAGGCUGUUCAAUUCCAGCGCUGAUAAAAUCAUCCAGUUCUUGUCAGAGACAUCGGUGAACAACAAGUUGUCUCUGAAAGUGCUCUUAGACAAAUGGCUGCUGCACCAGCCACUGUUCCGAGGCAACUAUGCAAAGAACACAACGUUCGCAGCAUUGCUGAACAUCCUGGCGCUGCGCAAUGAAAACAUCAUCAACCAGAACGUGGUGGGGUACAAUCCGAGCCACAAGAACGUGAAGUCAGAAGUGAAUGCUCCAUUCAAAAUAUUAUCAACGCUGUUGAGGAUGAUCAAGAAUGAAGAAAAGAUUGAGAAACUCCGCCAGAGAGAAACUGAAAACGCCUCUAAUAAUGAUUACCAAUACAAUGAAAGUGGAAGACUAGAUACCAUGGGAGGUGACGAUUACGACAGCUACGAUGAAGCCAACCUUAGUGAAGCCGAGGAUGAUGAAGAAGAACGAAAAGGCAUUGAAGUAGACAUGGCAGAAAUGGAACAAAAAGAAGCGAAUGACUUUUUCAAUAAUGAUGACGAUGAUGAUGUAAUCGACCUCAUGGCCGAUCAUAUCAAAGAAAGCAAGGAUAAAGGCCUUGCUGACCUUGAGACUGGCUCUGAAGUAUAUAUGUCAGAAAUGCUAGGAUUUGAGAUCGAAGAUGCUGAAGAAAUGGAAGAGCAAAAUGAAGAAGAUCUUAUUUCCCUCAACGAUCCAUGGGGGACCAUUGAUUUGAAGCAAUAUGUUAUUGACGGGCUCAAGAAACUUAAUAAAGAAGAACACUCAUACAUUAUAUCUUGUGUCAAACAUCUCGAAAAGGAUGAUCAAGAUCUUUGGAAAAAGUAUAUUGCAGAAUAGGAGGCUAAAUUUAAAUAUAAAUAUUCAUUUGUA